CAUGAUUCAUAUAUUCUCGGACCUUGACAGUUUAUCAGUUCAUUCACAACACCAUUGACGGAAAAACACCAACCCAUACCAAUUUAUCGUCCACAUCUAAAUUCUUAAGCAACAACAUAUUCUAGUCAUUUUUCGAGUUAUAUGCACAGAUAACUUCUAAUUUUCUCCUUUCUCCCUCCCAUGUGUUCUAAUUUAGAUCUGGAAUUUAAAAUUUGUGAAUUCCGAUCUGUAACCACUAGAUCUUCUCUCCUUUAUUUUUCUUAUCUCAAUUGUUAUUUUCUAAAUCUCUCCAAUUUAAUGUAUUUUUUUGCGAAAUUGUUGAGGAAUUUGCAAAUUUUUCGAUUUCUUGCGAUGGGAAAAGAGAAGCAGGCUCGCUUGGCUUUUGAGUGAUUGGUGGCGACAAGGUGGUGGAAGGAGGAUAUGCCUGAUGCUGCAGAUGCGGGUGUUGGAGGCUCCUCUUAUGAUCCGAAUCCGGAACAACACGCCGUCGGCGCUUAGAUCUGGAUCGGGUUUUGGUUCAUCUCCAAAGUCCAAAUCCUCUAUUGCAUCAGCUUCAUCUGCUGCGCCAGAGAAUAAUUAAACAAUCCACUUCUCUUUUUUUUCAUGCAAAACCAUUAAAUUAAAAAGCUAACAUAAUACAACCAUAACAAUCAGGGAGGUAUCUCCUCCUGAAUCAAAAUAAAGACGACGUCGGCUUCACAUUUUUGGGAAAUUAUAUUAGGUACCAUCAUCAGCUUCAUCUUAAUGUCACAACUCAAAAGAAAGUGAUGUGGGCUUGAAUAUCUCCACCACAAAGCCCAAAGAGGAUACAGUGAUCAACACCGGCCAGCUGGGUCCAAACCUAGGAAGAAGGCCCAAACCUUGGUACCUAAACGAAAUAAGAGCACAACCCCAUUUUGGAAGGCCCAUCCCCUCUGAGAAGGCAGGUCCAAAUUGUAGAAGGUUCAUCAUGGCAGGCGAAAUGACACGUGUCCUAAAUCCCCAAGGGGCACACACCCAACAUCUAGGGUUGAGGGAACAGUCCCCAAUAAACCCUAGCACUAUAAAUAGCUCAGAUCCCAAGGUUGCCAGAAGUUCGUGCCAGGUCAUACUUGAUACCUCCGAGGAACGCGUGCCACGUCAGCGCCGUCUGUGGGGAGGUACAGUGUCAUGGCUGAACUUCAAACUGACUGCGGAAAAACCAAGGACCAAACAGAACUCCCAGCCAGAGAAGGGGUGUCUAAAGAUGGGUCCAAUACUCAUUGUGACGCGGCAGCUAGCCGGCCCGCUGCCGCCAUUUCUGUGCGGCACUUGUUGAAUGGUGCUCACGAAGUCAGUCCUAAGCACGAUAAUGGCAGGAUGGUAGAGUCUUUGUCAGAAGAUCCCGACUCACCUAUGAAAAGACGCACCCUGGAGGAAGAGAGUCGGCAUGUCAAAGAGGAACGUCCAGGAAGAUGGACGAAACGAACUUCACUGAAGAAAAAUGAGGCCCAGGGCCGUUACUCUCCAGAGGCUCCUAGAAGACAGCAUGAGAGCGUCAUCCGAAGAAAGAAUGGCCGCGGCUCUGAGGAGAAAAGAGGGCGAAGGAAGUCGUCCUCUAGGGGCCCCUUUAUGUUCAACAAGGCUCUUGAAAACAUCCUCCUUGCUGAAGGACCGAGUCUGGGAAUUGAACCGUCCCCCCGACGAUUGACCACCUCCUGCCAACAAGCCCCUUUCUGUGCUUUCCACAACGACGAAGGACAUGACACCCAAAAUUGUCGGAUGUUGAGGAAGAUAUUAACUGACCGCGUGGCUGAAGGACACCUCCGCCAGUACGUCCAUUUAAAGGACGCGGACAAAGAAGUGAGCCCCACCUCUAUAUAUUCAGACGAAAGAGUUAUGGUAAUAUCAGGGGGAAUAGCUGCAGGAGAACCAUGUAAGGAAGGACGGCAAAAAGGUCCAUCUCAUCUUCGCCCAGCACAGAAGAAUCUACCCUCUGUAGAAAUUUCCAAAGACGAUUACAGAAGGGCGGCAACGCCAUAUGAUGAUGACCCACUGGUUAUAGAGAUUAAGGUGGCUGAUCUCAAGGUGAAGAGAGUACUGGUGGACACGUGGAGCUCGUCCGACAUAAUCAGUCUGCAAUGUCUGCGGAAAUUAAGACACAAUCCGGAAGACAUAGAAAAAGUGUACGGGCCCUUGGUAGGAUUCGGAGGGAGCAUCGUUCGUCCAAUCGGCUCCAUUUUGCUCCCGUCCUCUAUUGGAGUUCCCCCAGUGACCAAAGAAGUUGUCAUCAGGUUUAUAAUUGUAGCAAACCUCACCACAUUCAACAUCAUACUUGGCCGUCCAACGCUCAACAACCUAAGAGCUGUGAUCGUUCCUCAUUUACUAAUGGUCAAAUUUGUCGGAAGUGACGGACGCGUUGGGUCUCUCUAUGGAAAUCAACAGCUGGCCAAGGACUGUUACUUCUCGACAUUGGAGCCAGCGGCCUGGGGAGCCUCUCCGAAGGGAAAAGAGCAAGCUAAACCUCUGGCAAGCCGUCGUAAAACCCGGGAGAUACCAACGGAGCACAAUGCAGAAAGACGACCUGAGCCAGUGGGAGCACACUAUGCUAUAAUUCUGGACUUAGCAGACCCGUCUCGAACGGUCCCCAUUGGGGGUCCACCCUGACGGCCCCAUGUCAGCAGCAUUAGUGCAACUGCUCCGAGAAUACAAGGAAAUAUUUGCCUUCACGGUAGAGGAGAUGCCAGGCAUAGAUCCGGCGGUGGCCGUGCAUAAGCUAAAUGUGGACAGCGCUGUAAAGCCAGUACGACAAAAGAAGAGGAAUCAUGGAGAAGCAAGAAAUUUGGCAGCCGCUGCCGAGGUUAAGAAACUAAUGGAUGCAGGCUUCAUACGUCCGUGUCAGUACCCAGACUGGGUAGCUAACGUAGUACUGGUACCCAAGCCCAAUGGGACAUGGAGAAUGUCUGUUGAUUACACCGAUCUCAAUAAAGCUUGUCCUAAGGACAGUUUUCCACUGCCAAAGAUAGACCGACUCGUCGACUCGACGGCCGGACAUGCCAUGAUGAGCUUCAUGGACGCCUACUCCGGAUUUCACCAGAUCCCAUUAUGGCCCGAAGAUCAAGAGAAGACAUCAUUUGUCACGGAACAUGGAUUGUACUGCUACAAAGUAAUGCCGUUCGGUUUAAAAAAUGCCCCCGCCACCUUCCAACCGUUGGUGAACACAGUUUUUGCAAAACAGCUGGGGAGGAAUAUAGAAGCCUAUAUCGACGACAUGAUUGUAAAAAGCAAACAGAAGAUGGAUCACCGUGAUGAUUUGAGAGAAACCUUUGAGACCCUCGGGACAUACCAGAUGAGACUAAAUCCCAAGAAGUUCAUAUUUGGGGUAUCCUCUGGCAAGUUCCUUGGCUUCUUGAUUGACGAAAGGGGCAUUGAAGCAAAUCCGGACAAGGUGCAGGCGGUCAUCAAUAUGACGUCGCCAAGGACGGUCAAAGAUGUGCAACGCCUAACUGGAUGUCUUGCCGCCUUGGGACGAUUUUUAUCUAGAUCUGGAGACAAGUGUCAUUACUUUUUCAGUACCAUCAAAAAAGGAACCCAGUUUGAGUGGACGUCGCAAGCUGAGGCCGCCUUCCUUCGCCUAAAAGAACACUUGCAUACUUUGCCACGACUGGUCAGCCCUCUCUUAGGGGAAGUCUUGUAUCUGUACCUUGCCAUCUCAGAGUACGCACUAAGUGCCGUCUUGCUUACAGAAAGGGAUGGGACGUAACUACCUGUCUACUUUGUCAGCCACAUGCUGCAGAAUGCUAAACUCAAAUAUCCAACAGUCGAAAAGUUCGGCUUCGCUCUGUUCUUGGCUAGUAAGAAGAUUCGUCCAUAUUUCCUGGCUCAUCGACUGGUAGUAUACACGGAUCAACCGCUAAAGCGGCCUUUCACCAAUCUAGAAGCGUCCGGAAGAAUGCUCAAUUGGGCAAUUGAGCUUAACGCGUUUGAUAUUUCGUAUGAGCCGCGGAAGGCAAUAAAGGGACAGGAAUUUGCUGACUUCAUUGCGGAACUGACCAAGCCACCCUAUUUGAAGAAUGAGAAAACCUAGUGGAUAGUUCAUGUGGACGGCUCUGCCACUCAGAACGGGUCAGGAGCCGGCAUUAUCUGCGAAUCACCAGAAGGGGAUAUCUAUGAAUAUGCAAUGCGUUUUAACUUUCCGGCGUCAAACAACGAAGCUGAAUACGAAGCCCUGAUAUGUGGAAUUCAGAUGAGCAAAGCCGCGGGGGCAACAGACGUCCUGGUUUUAUCUGACUCGCAGUUAAUCGUCAGUCAAGUAAAAGGAGAAUAUGAGGCCAAGGAUGAGGCCAUGAUAAAGUAUCUGGAAAGGGUCCGUCAAGAAGUUCAGCAGCUGUCUAACUUUGAAGUAAAACACAUACCCCUGUCUGAAAAUAACAAGGCAGACGCUUUAUCCAAGCUGGCAAGCUCAGCAUCCUGCGACACGCCACGUCAUGUAUUAUGGGAGGUAAAACAGUCCUAAAGCAUCGACGCCUCGAGAACAGACAUCUUAGACCGAACAACCACCUGGAUGGAUCAUAUUGUCAACUUCAAAAUGAAUGGAGUACUCCCUGAUGAUCCCAAGCAAGCAGAAAGAUUACAAAAGAAAUGCACCUGGUUUGAGAUAUGGAAUGGAACUCUAUAUAAAAAAGCUUUCUCACGGCCUCUUCUUCGCUGCGUAACCCCCGAAAAGGGGCAGGAGGUACUGGAAGAUCUUCAUCAGGGAUUAUGCAGCUCCCACAUAGAAGGGAGGGCCCUGGCCGAAAAAGCUUUAAGAACCGGAUACUAUUGGCCCACUCUCAAAGAAGACGCUCUCAAUUUGGUCAAGCGGUGUGAUAAAUGCCAACGAUUUGCUCACCUAAUUCGACGGCCAGCACAGAAACUGACGCCAAUCACCAGCCCUAUACCAUUCGCCAAAUGGGGGAUGGACUUAUUAGGCCCCUAUACGACGGCACCAGGAGGACUGCGUUAUGUAAUAGUAGCCGUCGGCUACUUCACUAAAUGGGUAGAAGCUGAAGCUUUAAAGAACACUAAGGCACAAGAUGUGAGAGCAUUCAUCUGGAAAAACUUAAUCACAAGAUUUGGCGUGCCUCAGUCUAUUGUCUUCGACAAUGGGCCACAAUUCAAGACGCCCAAAUUGGAAGAUUGGUUAGCUGACCAUGGUAUCACAACAUGUUUUGCAUCAGUAGGACGCCCCCAAGCUAACGGACAAGUAGAAGCAUUCAACAAAAUCAUCUCUGAAGGGAUGAAGAAGAAGCUUGAUGAGGCAAAGGGCUUAUGGGCCGACGAGUUACCCAAUGUUUUAUGGUCUAUACGAACCACGGCAAAAAAUUCCACAGGAGAAACACCAUUCUUGUUAGCUUAUGGGGCUGAAGCCGUCCUACCCAUUGAAAUGUGUGAACCAACCCUGCGCGUCAUGUUGUUUAAUGAAGAUGUCAAUUGGGAAAUGAUGAAGGCGGCCUUGGAUUUCUUACCAGAAACCAGAGGGAACGCGGCUCUACGACAGCGGCUAUACAAACUCCGAAUGACGAGGGAGUACAACAAAAGGGUUUCUAGAAGAAUACUAAAAGUUGGAGAUUUUGUACUUAGGAAAAUGGAAGCCGUCGGACGCGCCAAUGAACAAGGGAAACUCACCCCUACUUGGGAAGGUCCAUAUGAGAUUUACGAGCCUCUUCAUGCACCAAAGCAGUGCGCCACUUUUUCAGUGAGUCCAGCAGAAUGAACAUCUGCACAAAAAUAGCAAGAGUAAAACAAAGAGAAACGAGUGUAUAAAAAUAAAGGCAUAAUGAAACUCACAUCCAGUGCCGAGGACUGCAUGGCGGCAAGCAUAUUCUCGGCCGCCUCGGGGAGAGUCUCGGCAUAUUCGGGAGGAAUGGCAUUGCGCAUCAACGUCAUUAUCUUCCUGCGGUCAUGAGAAUUGAAUCCGCCUUAAGAAGGGAUCUGAUCCAAUUCAGCAUCAAUGUCUUUCUGAGGGUCGGGAAUUUCUAUGGGAAAAACAACGGCCUUUGAAUCCCUGGGGGUAACUAGAGAACUGCUAGACGAGGAACGACAGGUGGUUACGAUGUUGGAGUAAAACUUACCCCCAGAAUUCCUAGCUCUUUCCGCCGCCUUCAGAGGAAUGUUUCGGCGGACGGCUUCAGGAAUCCCCGCAAGAAGAUCAGCCGUCUCUCCAGCUUUUUGGAAGCUAGGAGAAGCGGAUGCAGCCUUGGGGACGGCAAACACCUUAGGAGCCUUCGAAGCCGCUGACUUGAAGACGGGUUUCCCUGUGCCGCCAGCCCUGCGCUUAGAAGAAGGAGCCGCGUCUGUGGCCGUCUUCCUCGCCUUCUGAAGAAAUGAGAACAUAUAAGUUGCAAACAAUAAAGGGAAUUACAUAGGAAGCUUUGAUUAAUACCUUCUCCUCAGCAGGAGGGGGAGCCAUUUGCUCUGGGAUGGCUUGCUCGGCCGCCGGCUGACGCUGCCAAGCCUUAUAGGUGUUGGCGUCGAGUACCUUCGCCAGCCAAGACGGCAUAUCCACUUGGCCUUUGGAGGUGUCGUCCAGCUUAUCCAUGGCCUCGUCUGAAAAAAUAAACAAAGACAUUAGUCCAGUUUUGAUAAAACAGUGAAGGAUUGGAAGUAUAGAUACAUUACCUAUCGGCAUAUACGGACACAAGCCCACAGCCGAGAGGAAAACGGGAUCGCCCAGUUGAUCCAGAUGAGGCAACCACCCCUCGGGUAUGUAGGUCGUCUUGUCCUUAAUAACGAGUGGCUUGGCCUUGAACAAUGGCGAGAUCCGUUCCCAGAGAACGGCGGAGACCGGAGGGAAAGAGAUGCCUUUUCCAACCAAGUUGGGCUUGGCGCUCCAACGUCUCAUCCGCUCGCACAUCUCCAGAUUUGUGGUUUUGAUGAUCACCCACUUCUUCCUCCAGUGAUGCCAUUUAGACGCCUUCCCCAUCACUGUCCGAUAAGCCCCCUUGUAUGUAAGAAUUAGCCAACCCGCGGCGGCUUUUGAAACUUGGGGCAUGGAGGCGAUCCUUAGGAACGUCGGGAAGGAAGGAGUGAUACCGGCGAGCUCACAACGAGCGAUAUAGCCAAACACACCCGCCCAAGAGUUGGGGGACAUUUGGUUCAAGCCAAUGUUGAAGCCGUCCAGCAACUCCACCACAAAGGGGUGAGGGGGGAAUCUCAUACCCAGCUUCAGAAAAGAGCCGUACACGGCGAAUUCUCCUUCCACCAGUCCAAAGCUGGUGCAGUCCAUACCAGCCGGCAUACAAAACUUGUACUCUGAGCCUAGAUUCAGAGACCUCCCAUAAACCUUCCCCUUGAGGGUGAGGAAGUUCAGCCACGUCUGAAGUGGGAAGAUUGCGCUGGGAUGAAGGUGACCUUCCUCCCCACCUGACGUGCUCGUCGGCGCGACAUCGGUGCACUCGGGGACGUCCUCCUCUAUAGGAGAAGAGGAUUCUCCUUCGAAUUGCUCUUCGUCUAUCUGCGCCAUUAAAUCCUGCACAGGCUGGAGACUUAUCUCAAGACAUGGGCAUACUUGAAAAGAAAAGGCGUCAAAGGGACAAAUUGACGCCCUCAGUUUGACGGGACCCUCGCAUGAUUAAGAAAAGAGAAUUGGGAAGGAUCAAAAUCAACAAACAAAUUUUUCCAAAGAAAACAUUACCUGAUAGAUCAAAGAGAGUUUGUGAAAGAACUUUGAUGAAAAACUGCAAGAACAGGGCUUUGAAGAUUGUGGCGGCGCUACAGUGGAUUUCAGUGGAUGUUAGACGCCGGAAAUCGCCUUCUCUUAUUGCUCUCAAAUGAUCACUAGAAAUGAGGGGGGAAAUCACUCAAAUUGGCCACUUAUUUAUAGAGGGGUAAGAAAUGAUUACCCCUGCCACGCGUCAUCACCUCAUUGAACACUCCAAGAGCAGUGAAAACUAACGUCUGUUUUCACUUCUCAUGAGGGGCAAAUGAUGUGGGCUUGAAUAUCUCCACCACAAAGCCCAAAGAGGAUACAGUGAUCAACACCGGCCAGCUGGGUCCAAACCUAGGAAGAAGGCCCAAACCUUGGUACCUAAACGAAAUAAGAGCACAACCCCAUUUUGGAAGGCCCAUCCCCUCUGAGAAGGCAGGUCCAAAUUGUAGAAGGUUCAUCAUGGCAGGCGAAAUGACACGUGUCCUAAAUCCCCAAGGGGCACACACCCCACAGCUAGGGUUGAGGGAACAGUCCCCAAUAAACCCUAGCACUAUAAAUAGCUCAGAUCCCAAGGUAAAAGGGCAUUCAAUUCAUUCCCACCAACCAAAACUUAUCUUUGCUCUGCCUUCUCUCUACAAAUUACUUAUCUCUCUAGCUUAUACUUACUUAAGCAUCGGAGGGAAUAUUCUUACGGGAAUAUUCUUGUUUUGCAGGUUGCCAGAAGUUCGUGCCAGGUCAUACUUGAUACCUCCGAGGAACGCGUGCCACGUCAGCACCGUAAAAGAUCCCACAACAGAAAGAAUCAUGUUUUGUUCGUGAUUAUGUUCAAAGAUCCAUCUUGUAUUUGCUUCUUUGUUUUUCUAUCAUUCAAAUUAAUUUCAUUUUGUAUACUGGAAUACUUGUAUCAUUUUCAGAUGAAUGAAUUAUAUUUUUCCAUUUUA